AUGGCAAUCAACCAAGAAAUUUUAAUGGCACGAGCCAAAGUACACGCCGAGGCCCACGACGAAGUCCAAUUUACCUUCUUACCCAUUGCAUCCUCCCUCGACCAUAGUCCCGAUAGCACUGGUGACAAGGGGGCUUGUCUCGGUCUUUCCUGGCCUCUCAUCAUACAUUGCCCAAUCGCAAAAAUGCCUCACAAUAGUGAUGUACCUGCUUGGUUGCUCAGCCGUGUUGCGAAUUGCUUCAGCGUAAAGCAAAAGAAUUCGGGUAAGCUUUCCGCAUUACAAGACGAGUGA